AUGAAUGUAAUCAGUUUGGGUGAUUUGGUGUGUUUCGGCGACUCGCAGCCGCUCGUCUUCGAGAACUCGACACUUGUUCCUGUGAAACAUCAAGUCACUGCCGACUAUCACGAUAGGUUUCUCGAGAAGCAAGCCGCCAUCGACAAAGUGCAUUUUCCGGCUCUGCCACGUCGUCAAACCCCACAAUCGGGUGGACGGAGCGAGGCUUGGUUUGGG